CGCUUUCAAGUUUAUAGAAGAAACCCCUUGCAAGGCGCCUUUCUGAACUAUAAGCAACAUGGCGACUUACACUGAAAUGUACGACAAUUUGCUAGGCCAAGGAAUCCCACAAAGAAUAUCAGCUAGGUUGGAUGAAAUUCAUCAAAAAGGACUUCUCACAAUUGACGAGUUAGAUGAUCGCGCGUUAGAAGCUUUAAAAGAAUUCAGUGAGGAUGAUGCAUUAAAUGUUCUAGAACAGUUCUCCAAAAGUGAUUUGUCUCACGUACAAAACAAGAGCGCUUUUUUAUGUGGCGUGAUGAAGACGUAUCGCGCCAAGUUAAAAAAUAACGAAGGUGUACCAACUGCCUUAAUUAAAACAGAAAAUACAGAUACGAGUCAAACAGCAAGUGUUAUACCGUCAGGUGCAAACGAAGAAAAAGUCAAGGCUUUAUUAGAUCGCACAGGUUAUACUUUAGAUAUAACAACAGGUCAAAGAAAGUAUGGAGGUCCACCCCCUGGCUGGGAAGGAGUUGAACCAGGAAGAGGCGAAAAAAAAUUUUGCUCCCAAGUAUUUAUUGGCAAACUACCAAGGGAUAUGUAUGAAGAUGAACUUGUUCCAUUUAUGGAAGAAUUUGGCACUAUUUAUGACUUAAGGAUCAUGAUGGAUCAUGUUAGUGGUUUAAACAAAGGCUAUGCAUUUUGUACAUACACAACAAAAGAAGCUGCUCUAGCGUCUGUUAAGGGAAUGGAGAAAAAGGAAGUUAGACCUGGAAAAAUGCUUGGUGUUUGUUUGUCACAAUCAAAUAAUAGAUUAUUUGUUGGCUCUAUACCUAAAUCGAAAACAAAGAAACAAAUUUUUGACGAGUUCAAUACUAAAGUGGAAGCUUUGUGUGAUGUUAUUGUUUAUAUUUCGUCUGAAGAUAAAAGUAAAAAUCGUGGUUUUGCAUUUUUGGAGUUUAUAUCGCACAAAGAUGCAUCAACUGCCAGAAGACGUUUAGGCAGUGGUAAAAUUAAAGUUUUUGGCAAUAUUUCCCCAACAGUUGACUGGGCUGACCCUGUACAUGAACCUGAUGAAGAAACAAUGUCAAAGGUAAAAGUUGUUUAUGUACGCAAUUUAUCACCUGCUAUUGAUGAAACGAAAUUGAAUGAACUAUUUAAACAAUAUGGCACUGUUGAAAAAGUUAAAAAAAUUAAAGAUUAUGCCUUCAUCCACUUUGUUAAUCGAGAAGAUGCAUUGAGAGCUAUCGAAGAGUUGGAUGGGCAAGAAUUAGAUGAUAUCAAGAUAGAAGUUUCUUUAGCAAAACCUCAAGUUGAUAAAAAGGAACAACGUCGUGGCAUGUCAGGUUUUGGCGCCUUGAGUAGAGGCAGAACAGAUCGGGGUGACUUUAGAGGCGGACCACGAGGAGGGAGGGGACGUGGUCGUGGUGGCUAUGCUGGGUAUGGUGGUUACGAUGGAGGUUAUGAUGAGGGAUAUGGGGAUGGAUAUGGUGGCUAUCAGCAAGGGGGUUAUGGUUAUGAUGACUCCUCAUAUGACGAUUAUUAUGCUCCUCCACCAUCAAGAGGAAGAGGUGGACGAGGAGGUCCAGGAAAUCCAAGAGGCAUGAUGCCAAGAGGUGGACCUUCACAUGGAGGAAUGAGAGGAAGGGGUAAUCCAAGGGGAAUGUUGCAACGAGGUGGAUAUAGUGCCCGUGGUGCUCCACCACGUGGUCGUGGUGCACCUAGGGGUGGUGCUACUAUGGCACCAAAACGCAAGGCAGAUUAUGGUGGUGGGACUGGUUAUGAUCAGGCUCCAAAACGAAAAUUUGGUGCUGAUGGAUGGAGCUCUCAACCAAUUGCCCAACAGCCUUUGAAUUCAAGUAGUUAUUACAGUGAUGAUUAUUCUGGGGGUCAACAGGAGUGGUAUCAGGAUUCUUAUGGUCAACAGUGGAAGUAAAUUUUAAUCAAGCACCUGCCCUUUAACAAAAAGUUAUCCAAAAUUGUCAAAAAGUACCAAAAAGGAUAAAACAAUUCUUUAUAUAUUUAAAACUUCUCUAAAACAAGAGAAUAUAUCGGACAAGAUGGUGGCAAUGAAAAACUGAUUGUGGAAGUAAAUUUUUAAAAACUGGAGAAGUUUUGAAAACUUCCUGAAUUUCAAACUAAAAGAUGUACGUUGUGUAUCCAAAAUAUGUAACUAAAACCUUAUUUCCAAGAGUAUCAGUUUAGAUUCCAACUUUGUUGAAGAUGUAAAUUGUCGUUUUUUUAAACAAAAUAUUAAAUUAAAAGUGUCA